AUGAUAAAAUUAUCAGCUGGAUACAAAGAAGUCAGUCCGACAUCCUCGCAUAAAGAAAAUAGUAGUUCACUUUUAAACCAACUGGCUAACCUGCCCGGAUUCAAUCCAUUGAAAGCGAGAAUCGUCAAGCAGUAUGCUAAAACACCCGAAGAAAUUCUCCCGACAGCUGUUGAGAAAUCCUUACCGUGGAGAAGGGACAGAUCCACGUAUAACUUUGUUCCAAAUGAAGACAUCCUUGAAGAGGACGAAAGGAGACUGUCCGAUGAUAAUGAUAACUACAACAUGAUCGUUGCGGAACAAGCACGCGUAGCAACCCCUACAGCGACUGAAACGAUGCUGCCAUGGAAACGGGAGGAAGCCGAGGGGUCCGGCGCCCUAAAACAAUCCGAGUUCCCCGCGUGGGCGUCUAACAAGGAGUACUUAGCGUACAACUCACCCUCUGCUACAUUUUUAGGCGGCAUAGAAAAGCCAAAACAUCCUAAAUCUAUCAUAGGUCUCUUCCGAAGAGAGAGUUCCAGCUCUACGCAAGGUGCUCCGGAAACUGUGGUGGUGUCUGAUUCAGAAGCCACCAGUUGGAGUAAGGGAGAAGGCACAUCCAAGGAUAUAGCUGUAAGACAAGGUCCUAAUCUGCUUUCCAAACGAAGUACAAGCCUCGGUGGACCGUCAGUGUUGCUGAUGGAAGACGUUGCACACUCGGAUCCUCUCGGUGCGUCAACUCGACCUGCCAGUAUCAUGCAAGGACCACAUAGAGGACAAUGUCGGCGAGGUUCUAUGUUGGAGCUGACAGGAUCUCUAUCACGUGAUGCCAUAACAGAAGAAAAAUGUAGCAAAUCUUUACCAGAGAGCGAACGCAUGGGUAUAAGACGUCUACCUCUCGGUCAACAAAGCCUCCCGAGGGAACCUUUCAUUAGACAGCUGACUAUGGCUUCAACUCUUAACACCAGCUCAUCGUCUGAUGACUCUUCUGACGAAAACACCUGA